GUCCACAACUGCCUGGACGUGGCGUCUUUCGCAGGGGCCUACGGGAUGGCUGACUUGAUGGAGCUGGCUGAGGAUUUUGUUCUCAGAAACUUCCAAGAAAUAUCUGCCACCCCUAAGUUUCAGGACCUUCCGGCCGAGAAGCUUCUGCAGUUCCUCCGAUGCGACGCGCUGUCCAUUCCUUCAGAGCUGGCUGUUUUCCGAGCGGUCGUCACUUGGGUGGAAGCGGAUCCCACCGAACGGCUCCCGCAGGCCGAAGAGCUCAUGCGAGCGGUGCGUUUUCCAUUCAUGACCUUCCGAGAAUUUCGAGAGGUUCGCGCUGUGAACCUGAGCAUGGAAUGCAGUGGAGACAUCGAGGUUGAACUCUACAAAUCAGCGCUGAAGGAGUUUGGAUUUGGCAUCUCUGACUGCGUGGCAAGGAAACGUGUACAUCACCCCAAAGACGCCCUGGUUUUGGUCGGAGGUGAUGAGCUGCAUCCAGACAUGGGUAAUCGGCUUCCCAGCAAGCAGCUCUGGUUUGCCAACUCUCUGAGAAGCGGAACAGGCCUCGUGAAGGAGAUUGAGUGGAGAUUGCUGGGAGAAAUGCCAGAUCAAGCCAGAUUUAGACACGGCGUUGGGGUCCUCGACGGUCAGCUAUAUGUAGCUGGAGGCUGCCACUUCUAUGCAAAGACUGACACAAUGAAAUCUGUUUACAGGUACGACCCUGAGCGGGACCACUGGAAAAGGCUGGCAGAUCUUCAUGAACUGAGGAGUAACUUUACGCUGGUGGUGAGUGGAGACGGCCUGUAUGCUGUCGGAGGAGACAAAGACAUCAACACAAAUCUUGACAGUGUAGAAAAAUACUCACCAGAAACAGAUUCCUGGAGCUUCUGCCAUCCUUUGGACCAAGCCUUGAGUGGUCAAGCUGCCGCCGUCUGGGGAGGCGAGAUCUUCAUCUCAGGAGGCUUCAACUGCAAGUACGAAUGCCUGGUGUCCAUGUUCCUCUACCACCCAAAGAGAGGAACCACGUACCUCGCUGAGAUGACCCACGACCGGGCCCAGCACUGCAUGGAGAGCUUGAAAAACCGCUUCUACGUAGCUGGCGGAGUGUGCAACCUCCGAAAGUACUACACCGACCAACUGGUCUGCGAGAUGUACAACCCUGUCCGCGACACCUGGACGGUGUUCACUCCUCUCCCCAUUCCCCAUGUCGGCGCGGCCUCUGCUGUCCUGGAGGAGAGGCUGUACAUUCUAGGUGGUUAUUGCCAGGAGGACUACAGCGAGGCCAGACUCACUCAUCGCUAUGACCCUGUGACUCAGAGAUGGGAGAGCAUGGGAAAGAUGCCCGGUCCCGUCACAGAUAUACGUGCAUGCCUCCUUCAUCUGCCUGAACACAUUAGAAAAUGAGAACAAGAUGAGCACAUGUUUGCCAGCUUUAUUUGUAGAACUUUAAAAAAAAUCUAGUGAGAUGCCUUGCUGUCUACAU